AUGCGUUUUUCGAGUUGCCUUAAAAACUGUAACACUUUGCCACACGCGAAAUUUAUAAAGGAAUUAGAAAAAAAUUUCAUUCCCCACAGCGCUUUUCAAAAAACCUUGUUAGGCGUAGGAAGCGCAGUUGUUGCUCUCUUCGAUCCAUAUAGAGCAGAUAUGAUAUCAUGUAUGGGAGAAGUAACUGGCGGCAAAGCUUUAAAUUAUAUGAGGCAGAAAAUGCUAGAAACGAAUGAGGGUGCCGAAAUUCUACGCGACAUGCCUCGUAUAAACUCCCAAAUAGUAUGCUUCAAAACAUUGUCACAAAUGCCUCAAAAUACAUUGGGACGUGUAUAUGCAGACUUUAUGGUGGAAAACAAAAUUACGGCAGACUCAAGAUUACCUGUCCAUUUUAUAGAUGAUCCAGACAUGGCUUAUGUUAUUCAACGUUACAGAGAAGUUCAUGAUUUAGUGCAUGCAACAUUAUUUAUGAAAACAAAUAUGUUGGGUGAAGUAACUAUUAAAUGGAUAGAGGGCAUUCAAACAAAGUUACCAAUGUGUAUUGGUGGUGGAAUAUGGGGUGCAGCUAGACUUAAACCAAAACAUAGACAGUUAUACUUAAAGCAAUAUUUACCAUGGGCUAUCAAGACAGGAAAUGAUGCAAAGUUUAUGCAAGGUAUAUACUUUGAGAAGCGGUGGAAUCAGGAUAUAAGUGAUUUUCACAGAGAAAUGAACAUAACACGGCUCACUGGUACUUAG